GUUCAUUACAGCGGGAGGAAACCCGAGUGCUGGCGAGCACUGCCUCCGCCCCUUCUCUGGAUCAGUUCAGGACUGCUGCGACGAGGAAGCCUCGCUGACGAUGUAGUCUCUGUUCUUCUGCGCGGGACUCAUUUGUUUACCUUCCGGGACCUCACCGCCGCGAGCAUGUCCGCUCUGAGGGGCGCCUUCGCGACCCUGCUGCCGCCGCUGCUGCUUCUCUGCGCCCCGGGCGGCCUCUGCUUCUCCGUGGCCGGCCAGCAGGAGAGCACCUGUGAGGCCAACGGCAGCAUCUACUACGUGGGUGAGUGGUACUUUCUGGACUCGGACCACUGCACCCAGUGCGAGUGCACCGCGGAGGGCUCGGCCUGUGCCCGGACCGAGUGCACCUCCCUCCCGGCGGCGUGCAUCCAUGUCAGCCACUACCCCACGGACUGCUGCCCGAGGUGCGAGAAGAUCGGCUGCGAGUACCGCGGGGAGGUCUACGAGCUGGGACACAGCUUCCAGCCGUCGGAGUGUGAGCAGUGCACGUGUGACGACGACGGCAUCGCCCGCUGCCUGGUGGCGGACUGCGCUCCUCCGCCGUGCGUCAACCCCGUGUACCAGGCUGGGAAGUGCUGCCCGGAGUGCCAGGACGGCCCCAACUGUUACGUGGACGCGUCCCGAGGUCAGGUGAUUCCCGCCGGCGAGCCGGUCUGGGUCGACUCCUGCACCAGGUGCCGGUGCCACGACGGCCAGGACGCCGGUUACUGGGAGGGGAACCGUCUGGCCACCUGCUCGCGCCUCAAGAACUGCUCCCCGGAGCAGCCGUCCAUCCAGCAGACCUGAGGAGGAAGAGCAGGGCUCCCCUGCAGCCCGGGAGUCAGCGGACCGCACGCCCGGUCCGGCAGACUCCAGAGAGCUGGUGUCAAUACAGUGAGCUCUUUCUGCUUAUAUACGACGAGAGGCUGACUGGCUUCAGUCUGCGCUUUGUUCUCAAGCCUUCGCUCGCCGCGACGCGUCUAGUUUUGGACACAACCAUGGGCACGUUUGCUGCUUUCAGAUGACAACCAAAGACAGUGUGUUGGUUCAGGGCACAAGUCAGACGACUGAGGAUAAAGGGAAGUGCUUUUGACACUCUGAUUUGGUCCAAACGUCCUGACACACCCGGUCGGUUCAUACCUUGUUUUCAUCUUGAUUAAAAAAAUAAAAUUGAUAUGACUUCCUAGUUUAUUUCAUAAAAUGUCAUUAAAUGGGAAUAUUUGAUGAAGUACAAGAAAAUAAAAAAAUUUAAAGGAAAAAAGUGAAAAAAAGCAAUUAUAAAUAAGAAUAAGAUAGGUCAAAUACAGACAUACAUUUUGAUAAAAAUUACUUUAAAAAUAUGUAAAUAUGUGGAGAAAAAGAAUGGGAGGGUGAACUGGGCAAAAUAAAAAUAACAUUUUAAUUUAGGAAAAUAUAUACUUAAAAAAUAAUGGAACAUUUACUAUUAUUUUCUUUAAUUGAUGAUAAACUAGAUCUGACUUAUUUAAAACUUCAUCAUCAAAAGCCAAAUCUUGUCAUUACUCAAUUAUAUGGAAAAUAAAAUCAUAAUAAAUAUCAUUAUGAUUUUAGCUUAUGCCAUUACAUUUGUGAAAAAAUAGUUUCAUGGUUGAAAAAAAGGAAAAAAAUAAUACAUAUUUCUAUGAAUGAAUGAAUGAAAUUAUUGGAAAAUUUGCUCUGUAAAUUAGGAUUUUGGAAGACCGUUAGUAUUAUUCUAAAAAAGAAACACAAAUACAAAAAAGAUUCAUUGAAUAUGGGAGUAAAAAGCAAAGAAAAAAUAGUUACACUGAGGCUAACUGAGCUAGUUGUUGACAUGAAAAUAGAAUCUCACCAGGAAGAAUCAGGUCGAGGGUCCGGACCAAACAAAGUGAUGACGACAGACAGGAAGUGACAUCACGCCAUCUUGAUCAGCAUGUUUAUUGUUUAUCUAGAAAAAGUAGGUCGGAUAUAACAUAAUGCAUUCUAUGUAAGAUACAUCUCCAACAUUCAAUGUACAAAAAGAAAAGUCAAGUUACAGUAAAUAUUAAAAACCCGCCCACAGGCCUGAAAAACCCGGAGAAGAUUCCGUCGAGCGAAAAAGAGUCCGCGAGCUUCCCGUCGAGCUGGGAGUCGGAUCUAACAGGAUCGAGCUCCAGCGUCACCGUCACACUCAAUAAGACACACCGUUGAUAUAGAGGAGUAUUGAUGAAGGAAAGAUAGUGAGCCCAAAAUAUAGAACGCAUCAUCGUCGCCAUGUUCGAACCCACACGUCCAAUAAUUUGCAACGCAUCACUCGUGAAACAGUUUCGGCUAAAGUGCUAAAAACAAAUGGCAUGCACAAACACCGGCGUCAAAGCUACUCGGUCCACAGCUGGAUGCAACGUAAACACGACUGACUGAUAUAAGGAGUGAGACUCCAGAAGCUUCUCAGUCUUUUCCAAAGCAAGGACCCUCCCUCGGACGGGGACGUCGGAGAAAAUGAGUCGACAACGUACUGGUGAUGAGUCACACUGGGCGACAGAGGUGGCACUGCUGUGGUCUCUUUGUCAAACCUGUUUCCCGCCAAAAAUGCUACUCUAUGUAUGCUGUCGUUCUCCUUGCAUUUUUUGACCGGUGCGAUUUAUAGUCCGAAAAAUAUGGGAAGUACUAUUUCACUAUUAUCCUCUUGCCUCAGAAAGAUGGGCUGCGACUCUGAAUUUUUCAUUGGUUCGUGAGAACUAAUCGUAAGACAUGUGUGACGUAGUUUGAGGACAAUGCUAACGGCUAAGCUAAGCAGAUGAAGUGAAGUUUUAUUCAAUGAAGGGUUCCCUGGACUCUUAAAUAACUUCUGAAAUGAUUUCAAACUUGGGCUCAGUGAAAGAAAAAUGGAGGCUAGUUUGCUAAUGCUAUGUGUAAAUGCAACUUAAAACGUGUCUUGCUUUCUUCCAUAAACACCAAACUACCUCAAAAUUUUCCCAUAAAAAGUGCUGAUGCUACCAUAAAGCUUUACAUGUUUGCUGUGUUUUAGAAGCCAAAUGCUAACUGGAGGAUACGCGCUACGUUGACAUGAUAUUUUUACUAGUUGCACACAGUCGCUAGCAAGUUAGCAUCGAUUGCAACCUUCCAAUAUCCAUACAAACAUGCGAGAACUGAAGCGACGCUUGACACGGCCACUGAAAGGUUAGCGCUCGAGAAUUUGGCAGCAGAAAGAAAGAAAGUCUUUGUUGUGGAAAAGAUCUGAGACGCAGUGACGUGGCGGGUGAACGACUGUGUCCCAGGGACGAGCAAAAGAUUAUCAUGAGUCAAAAAUAUAAAAAAGCUUUUGUGUGACCAGUGGGGAGCACUUUUGUCGUCACCAAUCACGGGUGUGUUCACUCUG